GUUCAGGAGAAGACAGCUCAGAGUUGUUAUGACAAGGACAAGGACAGCAAAUUCAUGGGAAUACCACCACCUUCAGGUUCCCCUCCAAGCCAUUCACCAUCCUGACUUGGAAAUAUAUCACCAUUUCUUCAAUGUUGCUGGGUCAAAACCCUGGAAUUCCCUCCUGAAGUGCAUUGUGGGUCACUCUAUAGCACAUGGACUGCAGCAGUUCGAGAAGGCAGCUCACCCCCACCUUCUCAAGGGCAGUUAGGGACAGCCUAGCCAGUGACAUCAGCAGCCCACGAAGGGAAAAAGAAUGAAUUUGCUAAACUGUUGUGCUGUCAAUCUGCAUCAAAAUGAUUUUUAAAUCUUUUAAUAAAAAUGGAAUGGUUUUCAAAAAUGCAUGCUGUUGUUCGGAGUUAUCAACAAUAGUUUAUAAGGUGAAGGGACAAGUUAGGAAAACUGCUGAACUCAACGGAUCCGUAACGGAGCACCUCUAAAUAUGUUGCCACUUACUUUUCAUGAAGGCCACUGAGUAAACGUGAAAAGUGAAAUCUACUUAGAUGGAAACCGCUUAGGCAUCAUAAUCUCCUGAAACGAACACCUUAAGGUACUUAGGGGAAUCUGGGAGGUAUAUAACAGUUGGCAAACCCAUUGAAUCACAGCGAUACAAGGUGAAGACAGACUCUCAGAUACUUUCACACAGAGUGAGGACCUACAAAAGAAAGCAACAUGUGUGACAUGGGAGCACUCGACAACCUGAUAGCAAACACGGUUUACCUGCAAGCCAGGAACGUGGAUGGGGAUUUCAAGGAGAUGAGAAAGAGGCGACAGAGUUUAGCUUUACCAAGCCGUCAACAAAGUGCUUCAGUCAGACAAAAUAUUGAUAUCGCCUUUGAGAGCAUAUGUGAGAGACAGCCAAUUGGCAAGAGGUUGUUUCAUAUGUUUACGGCAACCAUUCCAGACUACCAAGGCGCUGUGGAUUUUGUAAAUGAACUUACUGACUGUUAUCUGGCCGAAGAUGGGGUGAAGGACAAUCUGAGGCAGAGCAUUGUCACUAACUUUCUGAAACCUGAUUCAAAGAACUACCUGUCCUUCCUCAGCCAGGGCCUGGCUGAUAAAUGUAAAGAUGCAACGGAAAAUGAUUUUGAGGAACUCCUGCCAAGGGCUCAGACAGAAGCUAAAAUGUUCCUCACCGGGCAACCUUUCCAAGACUUCCAAAACAGUCCAUUUUUUACUAAGUACUUGCAGUGGAAAGCAUUCGAACGGCAGCCUAUAACCGAGAAGUACUUCUAUCAGUUCAGGGUGUUAGGCAAAGGUGGAUUUGGAGAGGUGUGUGCUAUACAAGUGAAAACAACUGGUAAGAUGUACGCCUGUAAACAGCUGGACAAGAAACGGCUAAAGAAGAAACACGGGGAGCAGAUGGCCCUCCUUGAAAAGGAAAUCUUGGAAAAGGCAAACAGCCCAUUUAUUGUCAGUUUGGCCUAUGCUUAUGAAAACAAGAACUACCUGUGUUUGGUCAUGACCUUGAUGAAUGGAGGAGAUCUGAAAUUUCAUAUUUACCACAUCGGAGAAAAGGGUAUUGAAAUGAAGCGUACAAUAUUUUACACAGCCCAGAUUACUUGUGGAAUCCUGCACCUUCACUCCAUGAAGGUUGUGUACCGUGACAUGAAACCAGAGAAUGUUCUGCUGGAUGACAAGGGCAACUGUAGGCUCUCAGAUUUGGGGCUUGCAAUCAAAGUGAAAGACGGCACAUCCAUUAGCCAAAUGGCUGGAACUAAUGGUUAUAUGGCUCCAGAGAUCUUGAAGGAGGAGAACUACAAAUACCCUGUGGAUUGGUUCGCUUUGGGGUGCAGCAUUUACGAAAUGAUUGCUGGCCGAGCACCUUUCAAGGAUUAUAAAGAAAAGGUCAGUAAAGACGAAGUAAAAAGAAGAACUUUGGAAGAUGUAGAGCGCUAUGAAAACCCCAAAUUCACAGAGGAAUCGAAAGAUAUUUGCAAACUGUUUUUGGCAAAGAACCCAGAAGAACGUUUAGGCUGCAGGGGUGAAAAUGACGACCCAAGAAAUCACCCUUUCUUCAAAUCAAUCAACUUUCAACGGCUAGAAGCUGGACUGAUUGAUCCUCCUUUUGUGCCAGAUCCCUCCACUGUGUAUUGUAAGGACAUCGGAGAUAUUGCUGACUUCUCAGAGGUGAAAGGUGUUGAAAUCACUGACCAGGAUAAGCAAUUCUACAAGAAAUUUUCUACAGGUGCUGUCACCAUUCCUUGGCAGGAAGAAAUAAUUGAAAGUGGCCUCUUUGAUGAUCUCAGUGACCCUUCCAGGCAGGAGGCUGGUGACAUGGCAAAUGGUUCUGGGGAGGCAAAAUCAGGUGUUUGCAUGAUUCUGUGAAAUGUUUAGCCGAACCUCUCCUUACUUUGUACACGUGAUGCUCUUCUGACCAAGAAGCCAGGAUGAGAAUUUACCUCGGCCCAUGAUUAUAUACAAAUACAGACAUCAGUUCCCAAUCAACAGCACCAGAGAAAACAUGCCAUCAUUAAACACUCUGCUGGAUGUUUAGAAAGUGGAAGUGUAUACAACUGGCAGAGGAAGAAGGCACAUGACCAUCCAUUCUUCUUCUUGUCAAUCUACAGGCAGUAAAGACAGAAGGUGAAUUGAGCAGGAAUAUUGCUGCCAAUUUUUGUGAUUCAUAACAAUUAUUUUUUUUAAAAUUUGGCAAAUUUCAGCUUUUUGAAUGAUAACUCAAAAGGGCUUAUCUGUGAUCUUAUGGAGAUGAUUCCGUUCUCAUGUGUGAGUUGUACAGGAAUUAACUGAAAUCCAUUGAGCAAUCGUGCUGCGCUCUCUGAUGGACUACACGAUAGCAAUUGAGAACGCGAGUUUGUUUCUGAACACAGAGUAAUAGGGGUGACCACGGCUAUGAUUCAACUUUGAGUUUUCCAAAUGAACAUCACAUACUGCAUUAGAGUGUUGGACAAUGCAUCAGCCAGUGUAGCAAACUGAGAGUACAGGAUACUGGGUUGCUUUUCUUUAAAAAAAAGUAAUAGAUAUAAUAUCAUUCAGACGUGUAUUUUAACAUUGUUUGAGCAUAUGUUAGUAAAAGAGUGAGACAAAAAGCUGGGUGCACAAUUGUUUCUCGAGUGCUUUAUCUUCUUUGUUAAUGAAUGGUGCUCAAUAUUUUUAAUAAAGUAGACACAGGUACCACUA